AUGUCUCAACAACCGAAUGCUUCCUCCCCAAAGAAAGUGUCUCCCAUCUCCGACUCUGCAACACCUAAUGAGUCAACUAACCCUAAUCGGGCUCUCAAAGUAUAUCCUUUAAGGUUGAUCAACACUGAUGAUUUAACGAUUACAAAGCCAAGAACAUCGCAUGCAAGAAGACCUAAGGAGAGUGUUCGUACUAAGGGCUCCAAUCCCGCAUCAUCCAAUCCUCGUGAGGAACUUACUAAAGAAGGAACAAGAUAUGUUCAUAACUCCAUAGCCAAGAUUGUCAAACGGAUUUUGGAUGAAAAUCAUCAGGUCCCUGGGAUAUCUGUCACCUUACAAACUGUGAUUCCUAAUCCUCCCAAGAGCAAACGUAAUGAUAACGAUGUUCACACUGUUGGUAGUGACAUUCACAUGACUGAAGAAGAUAACAAUGAAGAGGUUCAAGAAGAUGAUGAUAACACCAAUGUCCCUGAGGAUGUCAAUGACAUCGAAAAUUCUGGAGCUGAUGAGAGUCCAAGGACAGAUGUUGGAACAGGUAUAAAUGUUGUGAAUGUAGAUGAGUACUCUGACAAUGAUUUGGUUGCUACUGUGAACCCUAGUGUAGCCGAAAGGCUCAUGACUAGGAGAAAAGGCAAAGCUGUGAUUCAGAAGUCUCCUGUGAAGAAAGUUGGUGUUAGAAGCCCUUCCAAAGACUUUGUCAAGAAGAAGAGUACUUCUGCAGGACCUAUAAAGAGCAGAGAUGUGACUAAAAGUGUAGGUAUUGGUCCCUCAAAAUCUUGGAGCAAGGUUGUUCCAAAGAAGCGGAAGGAAAGAGCUGUUGAUGAAUCCGAGUCCGAUGUUAAAGUGAAUGUCCAUGACAUUCCAUUAAAGAAGAAGCCCGCAACUAGCAUGCUUGCUGCCAGUGUACCUGAAGUUCCCAUUGACAAUGUAUCCUUCCACUUUGCUGCAAGUGCAAACAGGUGGAAAUUUGUGUAUCAAAAGAGACUGGACCUUGAGAGGGAAUUGACUCAAAAUGCUCGUGACUGUAAGGACACAAUGGACUUGAUUAAGGCUGUUGGCCUAAUAAAAAUUGUUGUCCAUCUGAGUAAAUGCUAUGAAAUGCUGGUGAAAGAGUGUUUGUAA